ACGGCAAAAAUCUAAGCCCCACGUGCACCCAAUCAGAUAUUUCCACCGCCCACCAAUAACGAAGUGCCAAGCGUGGGUCUACCACAUAUGAACUGCACUCUUCCCUGACACUCUCCGACACGCGCUGCCAUGACGCGUGGAUCAUCUACUGUUCCUUAUAUUGCAGUGGCCAAUAGGCCCAGAUAGAGAGAGAGAGAGAGAGAGAGAGAGCAAGCGCACUCGUCACCGUUCACUUCCUUGGGCACGCCGGUGACGGAAUUUAAGACACCCGCCUGUCUCUACAGCACUAUCUCCAUUUUCUGAGCCCAAAUUCUUGGUUUCGAAUCGAUUCUGAGCCUUUCGUGUCCUACUUUCCGAGCUUUCUAUGAAUUUUUAGAAAGUGUCAAUAUUGAGGCAGAGGAUGAGCAAACGUGGGAACCAUAGGUUAAAGCUUCGAGGAUGUAAAAAUUGAUGAAAUUUUCCUUGGUGUGGGUAUCAAGAACGAGCAACCGGGGUGCUUUCUGUACAUUUUUAGUUGGACAAAAUGGAUGCACGCCCUGCUCUAUCCAUUCGAAGAUCAGGUGCAAAUCAGCUCAGUAGCAUGGGGAUUUCUGGACCACUGUCAUCAUCUUUACCAGUCCUUCCAACCCCUUUGGAAGAAACAUAUCCUAAGUUGCCAGACUCUCAACAGGUUUCCAUGGAAAGAGAGCUUGUAACAAGGCCUCUUACCCAUGUGAGUCAUUUAUCCUCCGACAGUGGUGUAGUUGGUCACAUUUUUUCAUCAUCCUCGGGAUUUUCUUCAGAUCUUCAUUACUCAUCUGUUUCACCCCAUGAAAAGCAUUCUAGAAACAGUCCUUUUAUUUCUCAGUCAUCAACUAAUGGGGCAUCUUUACCUUUCACACAUUCUUCUCAUUCGGAAUCUCUUGAAUCUACAACGUCAAGUCAUUAUCUGAAAGAAAACACUGCUUCCUGGCAUACUGAUUCACUUCCAAGUUUUCUUGAUUUUCCUGUAAAUACCUCUAUUGAGAAUGGCCAGGUAGAAAGCAGUAAUUGUAAUGGUGUCCUGGCAUCUGAGGAAUUUAGUAAAUGGGCAGACCAGCUAAUCACCGAUGAUGAUGCUUUGACUUCUAAUUGGAAUGAGCUUCUUGCUGACUCCAAUGUUGCAGAUUUGGAACCAAAGAUGGCAUACCAGGUGCCCAAACCAUCUCCAAAUUUUCCAUCGCACCAAUCCCAAGUUCAUCUGCAGCUUCCUGCUCCAUCUGGCGAAAUUCACGCGGUUGCUACCCCCUCUUCCUCAGCCCCGGCAAAGCCACGCAUGCGUUGGACACCAGAACUUCAUGAAGCCUUUGUGGAGGCUGUCAAUCAACUUGGUGGUAGUGAAAGAGCUACUCCAAAGGGUGUGCUGAAGCUCAUGAAAGUUGAAGGGUUAACAAUCUAUCAUGUGAAAAGCCAUUUGCAGAAAUAUAGGACAGCCAGAUACAGACCAGAGUCAGCAGAAGGAUCCUCUGAGAAAAAAUUGACUCCAAUAGAAGAAAUGUCAUCUCUUGACUUGAAAACAGGUAUUGAGAUUACUGAAGCUCUGCGGUUGCAGAUGGAAGUUCAGAAGCGGCUGCACGAACAGCUCGAGAUUCAAAGAAAUCUACAGUUGCGAAUAGAAGAACAAGGAAGGUGCCUCCAAAUGAUGUUUGAGAAGCAAUGCAAGUCUGGUAUUGACAAGCUUAAGGCAUCUGCUCCGUCCUCUGAUGCAGUACCGGAUUCCCCUGACAAAAGCGAACUGGAAGACUCCCAGGUAGACCAUGGUAAAACAGUAACUGAUCCAGGCAGUGCCAACACUAGGAUGGAAGAAAGGUCACCGGAGCAAAAGGCACCUGAAGCUAAAGCUCCUCAGAAUUCUGAGCCCGAUGCUUGUGAAUCUAAUUCUCAACCCUCAAAGCGUCCAAGAAAGGAUGAAUAGCCCAUAUACAUCUGCUAAAUCAGCAUUGGACUGAGAAGAGGUUACUUAUUAAUGGAAAAUAUUAUUCUUGAGACAGACAUAGCUGACUGAUGGAUAGAGCCUUGGAACUGGAACUGGGGUUCCUCUCUUGUCUUUCUAUUAUAUCAUAUUCUCAAGGACAAUUUGCAUAUGUAGUGACAAAGUUGAGUCAAGUUUUGAUCAUAAUUUUCUUCAA